CCUGCUGCUCGUCUCGCACGCAUCACACUCGCUCUGCCUUGCUGCGCUCGCGCCUCGUCGCAGCAAUGGCCUCGCUCCUCACUCCACUCUUCGUCCAGUCGCUCCUCUCCCAGCACCUCGUCUCCUACGCGCACGCCCUCGCUCUCUACACGCGCGCCCGCGUGCUGCUCUCGCUCGCCCCCUCGACGCAGCCCUCGGCCGCCGAGGCGCGCCGCGCGCGCGACGAGUUCGAUGGCUUCCUCAACGAAGUCGCGCAGGAACUGAGCAGCGUGGGCCUCGAGCUGCGCAUGGGCACGCGGCAGGAGGACGGCGAGCGCGUCGUGGCGCUGGUGAAUGCCAAGGCCGACGGCCUGGCGCAGAUCGCCGCGGCCUUCAGCGCCGUCGAGCUGGGCUUCAUCCGCCGCCUGAUCAGCGCCAUCUUCCAGGCCGCAGACGAAGUCUUCUCGCUCGGCGCGUCCGAGGCAUUGGCCAUUGCGCGCCGCAGCAAGCCGCCCCUGCGGCCGCGGCAGGCAGAGGAGAUCCUGGGCCGCCUAGUGGGGCACGGCUGGCUUGCUCGGAGCGCGUGAGUUCUGCCCAGUGUCCCGCCCUGCACCGCUCUACUGCCGUCGGCUCUUCGUGCGCCCUGCCGUCCGAAGCUUAUCCUCCCUGUGCCCUCGUGCUGCUGCCCGGACCUUCAGUGCAGGCCGCUAUUCCCUCGCUCCGCGCGCGCUGCUCGAGCUGCAGUCCUACCUCAAGGCCGCAUUCGACGACCUCAUUCUCGUGUGUCAAAUCUGCGAG